GAAACACUGGCCUAUGUUACGUCAUUGGGUGACCUAAAAUGGCGGAGUCGCGGUCAGAGCUGGAUGUCUUGGUCCAAAGAGUGGUUAAAGACAUUACUAACGCAUUUAAGAGGAACCCGAACAUUGAUGAGAUUGGUGUGAUUCCAUGUCCAGAGGGACGUUACAACCGCAGUCCCAUCGUGGUGGUGGAGAACAAGUUGGGUGUUGAGAGCUGGUGUGUCAAGUUUCUGCUACCAUAUGUGCACAACAAGCUGUUACUCUACCGCCAGCGUAAACAUUGGCUGGAUAAGGAAGCUUUAGUGGAUAUCACGUCCACCUUGUUGCUGCUUAAUCCUGACUUCACGACUGCAUGGAAUGUCAGGAAGGAGUUGAUUCAGUGUGGAGUUCUUGAUCCAGAAAAAGACCUCUACCUAGGCAAGUUGGCACUCACUAAAUUCCCCAAGAGUCCGGAGACGUGGAUACAUCGACGCUGGGUGCUGCAGCAAACCCUGAGACGGCUCUCAGCUGCGGAUUCAAGUGGAAAGCAGAAGCAGGGUGAAGCAGAGCAGGCAGAUGUAGAAAGGAGUCAGCAGUUCAGUUACCAUCUUGCUCAAAUGUUCCAUGAAGAGCUAAAUGUCUGCUCUGAUGCUGCAUGUAGUUAUCCCAGUAACUACAAUGCCUGGUCCCACCGCAUCUGGGUUCUCCAACACAUGGCCAAAGGCAAUGUCGAGGUUUUCCAUGAUGAGCUGUCCACCAUGCGUCAAUGGGUGUCAAUUCAUGUAUCCGACCAUAGUGGCUUUCACUACCGCCAAUUCCUGCUCAAGGAGCUAAUCGACGAGUUUUCUCUGACACCAGCUCUCAGCAAAAACUGCUCACCCCAGCAUCAGUCCAGGACAGUGCCGAGAAGCUGGCUCUUGCGUCCCAUCAAUGUCAAUGCCAAUGGGCAGCAGUCAGGAAUAGAGACAACGGAUGAAGAUGAGCGGGAGCUUGAAUUAGCAAAACUGUUUGAGCUCUUCCACCAGGAGAUGGAACUAUGCUCAGACCUGAUCCGGUCUUUCCCUGGACAUGAGACUCUGUGGAGUCACAGACGGCAUGUCUUCUAUUUGUGGCACCAGUGGAGGUGGGAACACCAGCUAUACUACUUCAACAGUAAUGGAAGCACUGUCCUCAAUAACAUUGGCGACACAGUCCGACUGAAGCCAGGCGCUCAGGACUGUGGAGAUUGGGGAGCUGACACUAUGGAGGUAGAUGGCAUAUCCUUGCCUGAUCCUACUGACAGCAAGCGACUGAAGAGGGGUUUCCGUCUGUCAAGCCUCCCCAGCCUGUCCUCAGAGUGCACAUUUCUGAGUGCUAUUUUGGAGAGGCAAUGUAACCCAGAGCAGAGACACUUUGGCCUGGCAUAUAAAAAGUGGUUAGACUCUGUAAUUGGUAAGGUACUUGGAGAAAAUUAAUUGAUGGACCCAUUCUUUUCAAUAUUGACAUUAAAUUUGCUUUUAGUGCUGACUAACUAGUAUUAUUUUGAUGCAGUGCUGCCAUUAGGAACCAAGAACAGUGCAACAUAGUUUCUGUCUGAUUUUUUUAUUUUCACUGAAUCAGUUUUGUAUUUUUUUUUUCCCCCUUGGGACCAUUAUUCCUUAUCUUGAUCAUCUAUAGCAUCUCCACUGUCUCUUGUUUUGUCUUACCCUGUCCUAGAGUAUUGAAAAAUCCAUACCUACCUUUCUCUUACAUGAUUUCAGUGCUUUUAAUGUCUCAUGCAAAAGGUGCACACUCGACUCAUGUAUAGUAACAUCUAAUUAUGACAUUUUGCUUAAUUCUAUGAAGAUUCUAUGACAUGACUCCUUACCGUAUAACCAUUUGAUUUUAUGUUGUGAAUGUAGAGUUCCUUUAUCUGUGUUAUCUGUGUUAUUAAGAAGUGGCUCAUUACAUGUAAAGAUGGACAGUAUUGUCACAACUCUGUUACAGGACUGCUGUGGGACUAAUAGUGGAGUCUUUUGAAGCUCUAUUGCACAGUCUCUCCUUUAACCAAGUAAGGGAUGAACAAACUCCCUUUUUUGAGCAUAAUUUAGAUUUUUGCUUUUGAACCGUCAUGGUAGUGAAUACAGCAUAGGCUACAAACAACACCUUGAGUGACAUGAGGGCACGAGGGUGAUGCGUAGCGCCAAGAGAGCAGUUAAGGGUUUCGAUGCCUUGCUCAAGGACACCGCAGUCGUUAAUUAAUCUGCUGAGUACAUACAAUGUAUUCUCAGUUUGUGGUCAAAUCCAAGGCUACCCAUAGCUUGCAACAAAAAGGUAGUCUAUCAUACUAGCUUGGUGGCGUGAGCUUGUCAGCUGAAGUGCUGUACUAAAUAAAUAGCCAGAGAAUGUUAUCAUUACUAUUUGAUCAGUAUAGAUGUUGUUUUAUGACAGAUCAAAUGAGUCCACCUUUACUGCUGUCACAAGCUACCAUUAAUGCGUCACUCACUGUUUCAGGUAUGUAUUGUGCAACAUGAAUUGAACUGCAAUUUUUUAAUUGUCAUUGUUUUGGAGGCACCACCUUUGGAAUUUUUUUUUUGUUCUAAUUUUGUCAUUUUUCAAAUUUGGUAGCUGGCAGCAGAAAAACAGCUGUCUCGUUACAGGUGGCAGGUGUCUUCUUAGGUCAUCUUAAAGUAAUGACCGGAAUACCACUGUUUAACACAGGAGCCACAGUGACAGUUUCAUGAAAUAAAUUCACGAAUACCAACCUAGCCCGACGUACAGUAUAGCUAAUGCACACACUCAUAACAGUACAGAACAAAUGCAAGUAAAGCGCAAUGUUUAGCAUGAUUUUUACAACCUGUCGUUAAAGAGCACUCCAACGAAUUCUGGGAAGCAGCAGCAAAGCACCAUGAUACUUUCCGCUGCCUAUGACGCCGAGACCAUCACUGUGAGGUACUUUGCCUAAUGGUUGAGCCAGCAAAUCGCCCAUUUUUCACAUGUCCACGAGGGCUGAAUUUCAUGGCUUUCAAGCAAAGUACACACCCCUUUUAUAGGCAUGUGCUUGUGGAGCAUGUGUGGACAGUGACCUCAAGUGGACAGAUACCUGCAAGUGUCACAUAUUUCCAUCGAAUUGGAUAUAUGAAACUUUAAAAUGUAUAACAAAUACAGUGGGUACGGAAAGUAUUCCGACCCCCUUCAAUUUUUCACUCUUUGUUAUAUUGCAGCCAUUUGCUAAAAUCAUUUGUUCCUUUUUUCCCUCAAUGUACACACAGCACCCAUAUUGACAGAAGAUAAAAUAACGGAAUUGUUGAAAUUUUUGCAGAUUUGUUAAAAAAGAAAAACUGAAAUGUCAUAUAAGUAUUCAGACUCUUUGCACAGUAUUUAGUAGAAGCACCACAGUAAGCAGUAGAAGCUAAUACAGCCAUGAGUCUUUUUGGGAAUGAUGCUACAGGUUUUUCACACAUGGAUUUGGGGAUCCUCUGCCAUUCCUCCUUGCAGAUCCUCUCCAGUUCAGGUUGGAUGGUGAAUGUUGGUGGGCCGCCAUUUUCAGGUCUCUCCACAGAUGCUCGAUUGGGUUGAAGUCAGGGCUCUGGCUGGGUCAUUCAAGAACAGUCACAGAGUUGUUCUGAAGCCACUCCUACGUUAUUUUAGCUGUGUGCUUAGGGUCAUUGUCUUGUUGGAAGGUGACCCUUCGGCCCAGUCUGAGGUCCUGAGCACUCUGGAGAAGGUUUUCGCCCAGGAUAUCACUGUACUUGGUCACAUUCAUCUUUCCUUCGAUUGCAAACAGUCGUUCUGUCCCUGCAGCUAAAAAAACACCCCCACAGCAUGAUGCUGCCACCACCAUGCUUCACUGUUGGGACUGUAGUGGACAGGUGAUGAGCAGUGCCUGGUUUUCUCCACACAUACCGCUUAGAAUUUAGGCCAAAAAGUUGUAUCUUGAUCUCAUCAGACCAAAGAAUCCUAUUUCUCACCGUUUUUUGUUUUUUUUAGCAAACUCCAUGCAGGCUUUCAUGUGUGUUACACUGAGGAGAGGCUUCCGUCGGGCCACUCAGCCAUAAAGCCCCGACUGGUAGAGGACUGUAGUGAUGGUUGACUUUUUAAUCAAACACAGCUGGACUCCAAUGAAUGUGUCGAACCAUCUCAAGGAUGAUUAGAAGAAAUGGACAGCACCCGAGUUAAAUAUAUGAAUGUUACAGAAAAGGGUCUGAAUACUUAUGGCUAUGUGAUAUUUCAGUUUUUUAAUAAAUCUGCAAAAAUUUCAAUAAUUCAGUUUUUUUUUCUGUCAAUAUGGGGUGCUGUGUAUACAUGAAUGAUGAAACAAAUGAACAAAUUAAUUUAGCAAAUGGUUGCAAUAUAACAAAGUGAAAUAUUUAAGGGGGUCUGAAUACUUUCCGAACCCACUGUAACACGGUAAGUAAUUGGUUGCUUCUUUGUGGAUUUUGUCUUUUGUGGGGGAGGGAUUACUGUACUUCAACACAAGCUGUGGUAGCUUAAUGUUUUGUAACACGAUAACACAUCUGAGCUUUGAUUAUUAAAAACAUUUCUUUA